AUGGAUGAGCCACAGGCUGGCCAGAAACCGGUGGUAGUCGCCAUCGGAGGCUUCCUGUGCGGAGGCGGCGACUUGAACGGACGCGUGUACUCGUUUUGGAGGAUUCCAUCGGCAGCGCUGGAAGGACAAGGUUUUCGCGUCGUCACGGUCAGCCCUUCUCCGGUGGGAUCUCUGCACGACAGGGCAUGCGAGAUUUUCUACGAGCUUAAAGGUGGCACUGUGUGCUAUGGCCAGGAGCACUCCCGUGCUCACGGGCACGCCUGCCACGGUGAGACGUACGACGUCGGUUUGUUCUCCGCUUGGGGGAAAGACAACCCUGUCCACGUGAUCGGGCACAGCUACGGCGGGCAGACGGCGAGGGUCUUGCAGCACCUGCUGGCGACGGGGUUCUUCUCGAAACCUGGCGAGUACCAAACGAGUGCGGCGUGGGUGAGGAGCGUGACCACGUGCAACUCGCCCUUGAACGGCUCCUUGCUGGUGUACAGCUUGGGCGAGAGGGCCGACACUGCUCCGGAGGUUCGCCUCGUUUCCCACGGCCACCUGCUCUCGGUGGCCAUCCACGCGCUGGAGCUCCUGGACUGGCCGCUUCUGAAACGAUUUUUCGACCCAAGGCUGUCGCACUUUGAGUUAUCGUGGCGGCGUCGCGGGUGGCGCCAGGGGCUCAAGGACGUCGCCCUGGCUGUGGUGGGCAAGAGCGCGAUCUACUCCCAGCCAGACAACGCGGCCUUUGACAUGACGGUGCAAUCGGCGCAUCGGUUAAAUCAGGAGAUCCAAACCAACCCCCACACCUUCUACUUCAGUUUGGUGGGUACAGGACCCAAGGAAGAGGACCUCUUGGUCACGCCUACGGAUACUGGCCAGACCAAGUGGGUGUUCAGGGUUUGGGCGCGGCUGCUGUCGCUUGGUCCGGGGUGGAAGGGGUUGAAGACGAAGCUCGUGUAUUCGGCGCUGAAACGGCUGCACUCGUGGCAAGUUGGGGCCCAUGCGAGUGCCAUAGAGAGCCGCCUCGGAGUUGCCGCGGACUCGUGGAGUUCAGCGGGAGACGAUGGCGUUUUGGAGGGGUAUACUCAAAGCCAUCCCCGUGUCCCCGAGGAGUGCGAAGCGCCUGUAAGGGCCAUACGUAGCUCAUGCGCAAGUCACUCGACUACGGUACACAGGGCGCCACCCGCUUGA